CCUUCAGAAAGAGAGACGAAAUGCGUUUCACUUUCUCAGUUAGCGAUAACACUUAAAUCUCAUAUUAUUGUCAGAUUGUAUCAACAUUUCAUGACGUGCAUGGAGCAGAUGUCCAGCAAACAAAACGUACUAGCUAGGUUGGUCAACAGUUUCAUCAUCUUAAUAUGAAGGUUUGAUUCGUAUGUUCAUAUUCAUGAUAGUUAGUUAACAAAUGUAGCACUAGCUAUCUAGCAAGGCUGCUAGCCAUGUUAGAAGUCCGGCUAACCAAGCUAACAACAAGCAACAGACUGCAGUCAAUCGGAGAUAACGUUGCUUUAUUGUCUAUUUCAGAAUGUUUUUUGUGCCUUCGAGAACUAGCUGACCAACGGCUACGUGUUCUAGAAGACAAUGCAUCAGAACCAAGCUGACUUUUGAAAGACGGAUAUUUCCAGCUACUGUAGCUCAUCCACUUUAAAAGUAGCUAGCUUAGCUACACUAGCUACAAAAUCGCCAACGUUAGCUUUUGUUGCCAACGUCGAUAGCUAGCUAUAUAAUUACCAUCUCUGUAAACUGGUACACCGCCAAUUCAGCUAUGUAGCUAGCCAACUAACCCAUCUUUUUUUACUUCGUCUUUGCUAUCUGGUUACGAUACGUUUACCACCUAACUGUCAUUUCUGUAGACAACCUCCGAGCACAAAGGGCCAGUCUCUGUGAUUCGAGCAGAAUGAGAGACAGCCCAAGAAGACCCUUGAUCCUAAAAAGGAGGAAGCUGCCUUUCCAGCAAAAUAAUCCUUUGCCCUCACAUGAUGGACCAGAUGGACUUAAGCACAAGGAACCUUCCAAGCCUUCAGGUGGUCAGUGCUUUCCUGAUGGCAUCCGCAUCAUGGACCAUCCUACUAUGUCUGACACCCAAGUUGUCAUCAUUCCCAAAACUGCGGACCUUCAGGGUGUCAUCAGAGCACUCACUGCUAAGGGGAAGGAGUGUGGCUCUCAUGGACCAAAUAAGUUCAUUCUACUGAGUGGCAGUCUAGAUGAUGGGCCAGAGUCGUUUUGUCAAGCUAACUUGGAUGGCGGGUUGUGCACUACCAGGACUAGUUUGGGUCUUCUCAACACACGGACAGAGGAAGAGGCAGCCAUUGACUCCCUUCUGGAUACUAAGCCUCUGACUACAAUUAAACCAUUAAACAAGGACCUUGAUUGCAGUCCACUUGAUGACAGCCUGACUAACAUCCAAUGGCUCGGCAGAAUGAGUACAGAUGGUCUUGGCCCUGAUCCAGCCAAGAAGCCGGCUGAUAAGGAGAACCAGGAUGCCUGUGCUCAAAUCGUCCAGCAGCCACAGAGCAGACAAGUAGAGACAGAGAGUGUUGUCGUGAAGGAUCCCCUUUCAGAAAGACCUCCCUACUCCUACAUGGCCAUGAUCCAGUUUGCCAUCAACAGUAAAAGGAAUCGAAGGAUGACCCUGAAAGAGAUCUACACAUGGAUUGAAGACCACUUCCCCUUCUUUAGAUUUGUGGCCAAGCCAGGCUGGAAGAAUUCCAUUCGCCACAACCUCUCCCUCCAUGACAUGUUCAUCCGUGAAACAACACAAGAUGGCAAAGUGUCCUACUGGACCAUCCGACCAGAGGCCAACCGAUGUCUGACUCUGGACCAGGUCUACAAGCCUGAUGGUGACUCUGCAGCCUCCCUCUCCUCUCAGGCCAUGCAGGUCUUUGACCAACAACAGAAGAGAAUGGGUCCUGAAAUCAAGAAAACAGCCGGUGCCUCUGAAAGGAGGAUGAAACCCCUUCUCCCUCGGACUGACUCCUACCUGGUCCCCAUCCAGCUGCCCAUCACCCCCUCCCUCUACCUGUCCUCCAGUACCCAGCUCUCCAUGCCGGCCCCCCCACAGAAAUGCAGGUCCUUGGGGGGAAAGAAGGUCCGUAUUGCUCCCAAGGUUACACACAGCGAGACUCUCAUGUUUUGCUCCACUUUUGAGGAGGUGAAGGAGGAGCAGGUGUGUUUGCCCCUGAAUAAAGACACCCCCAGGAGCAUCCAGCCAGCCGCUGCAAGACGAGAGACCAGUAGCUCACGGCGCAAGCAACGCAUGGUCCUCCCCUCCAUCGAGGAGCCUGUUCUGUUCUUCCCAAACAGCACCUUCUUUGACUCAGGCUUGGCGUCCGACGCCUCGGCCUCUACCUUCCAGGACACCCGCGAUGCCGAGCACGACCAACGGCCCGACCCGGAAAGCCCCUUCAGGCAGUACUCCUUCAAGACCCCCAUCAAAAGCAGCCACCCAGCCUCCUCCACCCCCAGCAAGCCCCCUGUGCUGCCAGAGCCCUGGAAGGUAACCCCUCUGGGGAAGGAGAGCCGUGGCGUGCUGGACUUCAGCCCCAUCCGCACACCCGGGGGGCCGAGCCUCACCCCACAGCACCACGACUUCACACCCUUCAGUUUCAGCAGCACGCCCUUCAAAGAGCUGCCCCUCUUCAACUCCCCCCGCGAGCUGCUGACGUCAGCCCGCUCCUCCUCGAUGGCGGGGGGUCCCUCCUACUCCCCCCAGCGGCUCCAGGGCUGCUCCAGAGAGCUCCAGGUGGGGGGGACACCCCUGGCCAACCACUCCCUGACAGAGGGUCUGGUCCUGGACACGAUGAACGAUAGCCUGAGCAAGAUCCUGGUGGACAUCAGCUUUUCUGGUCUGGAGGAUGAUGACCUGGGGAUGGGGAACAUCAGCUGGUCCCAGCUCAUCCCUGAACUCAAGGAGCCUCCUCUCUGAUCAUUUUCACAGCUGUCCCGUUGGGUGAAGAAGCAGGCUGCAUAGUCCAAGUCCUUGUUCAAGCUGCUCACAUAUCGUCUUCCCAUCUUUAUGUGGAAUCUUUUUUUUUCCUCCUAAUGUCUUUGGUUGCCUUUGACACUAACUGCCAGCUUUUAUUCUCUGUAUCCUUCUUUUAAACCCAAGCUACAUGUAUGUUAAAUAUAUUUCACUGCAGUGUAGUUGUGAUGGAACAUGUAGAAAAUAGAAAUGUGUGUAUAUAAUAUGUAUGUUUGGUUUGCACAUUUGUAACGUUUUUAGCUCUUGAAAAUGUCAAUGGAUUAAAUGGAUUAUCCAGUCACCCAGUAAGAGCUUACAAUACCAUGCUAGAAUGGGGUUCCUGAAUUCCUCUGCUUAUGUAUAGUAUCCAUUUAAAUGAAUCACUUGAAAGUGGAUUUAGGUUUAGAUCUGCAGAUGGUAGGGAAGUUUACAAAGAAUUGGAAAGCAAUAAGUAACCAACACCAACUUUGUCCAAAUAAGUAUCUUCCUAGUGUUAUUGAUUCACACAAUUUUCUAAUUUGUCAGUAUGUCAACAACUUCAGUGCACUUUUGUAGACAUUAGACAUUAUUGGUAUGACAAGACCGUUUGUAUUUAUGCCUAAUCAGUGGCCAUGUUUUGUAACAAAUGAUCUAAGUAUAUUAGAUUGGCCCGCUAGAGGUGGUUGAACUGUCUUUUAAUGUGUAGUGGUACGUAGGAAGGAGUACAUUAGAUUUUUUGACAUUGAAAGUGUUUGAUGAGGUGCAGUAUACUUGUAUGGGAAAUUAUAACAAGAAUGCUUAAGGAGCUCAUGGUGAUCAGUAGCUUUAUAGCUUCUGUACUUUCUGGUGGUUCUGUAAAGGUGUUCAGGCAUGUCUGAUUUGGGGUGUAAAAUAUCACGCCACAGGACUUUUGUAAACUUGGCAAUAAGCAGCGUUUUUGACAGUUGGGUCAGAUAAUGUCAACUGGAGCAAAUGUUAAUGCUCAACUUGCAUUUGUCGUCUUGGACCUUUUUAGAGCUAGUUUCUUUGUUUUUGGGUGACUGUUCUGAAAGUUUGAAAAGUGCUGCUCUUGGGAAUAUCGUUCAGAAGGCCUUUUGGGUUUUAUGUUUUCAAAACUGCCCUUUUUAAUCACUGUAGUUAUCAGAACAUGACCAAUUACAGAAAAGUACAAAUGUCAACUUUGGUCAACUUCAAUCCUUUUUACAUUCUGUCUGUCAUUAAAUUGUAUUCUAUUACGAGUUCACCAUUUGGAAAGGGCUAGAAAAGGUUCAUACCAUAUCAGAUCAUAUUGUAGCAAAGCAAACCUGUUGUAUUACCUUUUUAUGUCAAUGCAAUUUGAAUGAUCUGAUAUAAAUUACAAGAAGAA